AAUCGAAGGACUUUUCCCCAGAAUCUGGUUGAAACGGCCUCCACAACGGAUAGGCCAAGAGAUCUCCUGCUGAUCCAGCAGGCCAAGCCCCCGGGCAACGGCAACGGCACCACCAACACCAUUGCCAGUGGCAAGUCCUCGUCGGGCGGUGGCGGCCAGGUCUAUAUCGACACCGAUGCUGCCACAGCAGCCGCGGUGGCAAAUCUGCGCAGCAAGGUGCCCUCCAUCUCGAUAAUCCCCCUGCCCGUGUCCACCAGCAUCGUGGCACGCAGUGGAGCAGCUGCCGCGGGUGUCCUGCCCCAGCUGAUACCCAGCUCAGGCGCCAGGAGCGUGUCCAACAAGUCAACGGCCACCUCGCCUCCGCUGGCCUUCCUCUCGCAGGACUCGCAGGCCACGCCCGGCCUGACCCUGCUGCCCCGCCCCCAGCAGCAGCACCAGUACCAGCAGACCGACAAGUGCACCGUACUGAAGCUGGAUGUGGUGAAGCCCAAUCCGGGGGCAAGCGGGGCGUCCGGCACCAGUGGUUCGUCCAACAGCACCUACCUGCAGAUCGAGCAGCAGCUCAGCGAGCUGGAGGCGGCCGACGAGGAGGAGGAGAACAUGGCCAGCCUGCUGGGCAGCGGCCCGCCCGCCCAGAUCCUGGCCAACCAGCCCAUCAUCGUGAAGAUCGAGCCCACGCAGUCGUUCCACAUCGUGGAUGAGGGCGACACCCGCGUCCUCAGCCUGCCCCUCACCGAUGCCGACAAGCUGGGCGCCAGUUGGAUUGAUCUCAAGGACAUAGCGGGCCUCCAGGCGGGCGGGGGCGCCACCCUGCUGGACGUGUGCUUCGAGCAGGCCAACGAGGACGGCACCAUCAUAGCCACAGUGCAGCCGGACAUGGACACGGAUCUGGAGGGGGACCUGGAAGGGGUGGCCGAGCCGGAAGAUGAGACUGAAACAGAGCCACCGGCACCCAAGAGGUUGACCAUCACCCGAAUGCAACAGCCAAGGCAGCAGCAGCCGCAGCAACACCAGCCGCAGGCUAAAUUCCUGUCGGAUCCCCCGGCCUUGGCUCGCUCCAGCAGCUUCGGCAGCCUGAGUAGCUUCAGCAGCCUCAGCAACAUCAGCUCCGCCUGCAAGAACAUGGCCAGCACCAACAGCAGCACCGAAAGCAGCAACAACCUGAAGCGCUCCAAGGAGCGCUCGCCGCCACCAGCACCCCACCAACCAGCCAUGCCACCUCUCGCCGCCCAGAAACCCGCUGCCAUGGCCUCGUCAGCGACGACGGCAACUGCCACUGCCACAGCCACUGCAAUAUCCGCUGGCAGUGCGGCAGGCACAGCAGCAACAUCGGUCCGCGAUGGAGGCAGCAACAACAGCGGCAGCAGCAGCAGCACCAAUGGAGCCAUGACAGCUCAAAUCGAGAUAAUUCCAUGCAAAGUCUGCGGCGACAAGUCAUCGGGCGUGCACUACGGCGUUAUCACCUGUGAGGGCUGUAAGGGAUUCUUUCGACGAUCGCAGAGCUCCGUGGUGAACUAUCAGUGUCCGCGCAACAAGCAAUGUGUGGUGGACCGCGUUAACCGGAACCGCUGUCAAUACUGUAGACUGCAAAAGUGCCUAAAACUGGGAAUGAGUCGUGAUGCUGUAAAGUUCGGAAGGAUGUCGAAGAAACAGCGCGAGAAGGUCGAGGACGAGGUCCGCUUCCACCGGGCCCAGAUGAGGGCCCAGAGCGACGCGGCGCCGGACAGCUCCGUGUACGAUACGCAGACGCCCUCUAGCAGCGAUCAGCUGCAUCACAACAACUACAAUAGCGGCGGAUAUUCCAACAAUGAGGUGGGCUACGGCAGUCCCUACGGCUACUCGGCCUCGGUGACGCCCCAGCAGACCAUGCAGUACGAUAUAUCGGCGGACUACGUGGACAGCACCACCUACGAGCCGCGCAGUACAAUAAUCGAUCCCGAAUUUAUUAGUCAUGCAGAUGGCGAUAUCAACGAUGUGCUGAUCAAAACCCUGGCGGAGGCGCAUAACAACACAAAUACCAAACUGGAAGCUGUGCACGACAUGUUCCGAAAGCAACCGGACGUAUCGCGCAUUCUCUACUACAAGAAUCUGGGCCCCGAGGAGCUCUGGCUGGACUGCGCCGAGAAGCUUACACAAAUGAUACAGAACAUAAUCGAAUUUGCAAAGCUAAUACCAGGAUUCAUGCGCCUGAGUCAGGACGAUCAGAUAUUAUUGCUGAAGACGGGCUCCUUUGAGCUGGCGAUUGUUCGCAUGUCCAGACUGCUAGAUCUCUCCCAGAACGCGGUACUCUACGGCGAUGUGAUGCUGCCCCAGGAGGCGUUCUACACAUCCGACUCGGAGGAGAUGCGCCUGGUGUCGCGCAUCUUCCAAACGGCCAAGUCGAUAGCCGAACUUAAACUGACUGAAACCGAACUGGCGCUGUACCAGAGCUUAGUUUUGCUCUGGCCAGAACGCAAUGGAGUCCGUGGUAAUACGGAAAUUCAGAGGCUUUUCAAUCUGAGCAUGAAUGCGAUUCGGCAGGAGCUGGAAACGAAUCAUGCGCCGCUCAAGGGCGAUGUCACUGUGCUGGACACACUGCUGAACAAUAUACCCAAUUUCCGCGACAUUUCCAUUCUGCAUAUGGAGGCGUUGAGCAAAUUCAAGCAACAGCAUCCGAAUGUGGUGUUCCCGGCGCUGUACAAGGAGCUCUUCUCCAUAGAUUCGCAGCAGGAUCUGACAUAACAAGAGCAGCAACUGUUCAUGGAGAGCUCGAGUGCGGAUGAGGUUGCGGACGAGGCCGGUGCGGCUGCGGAUGCCGCAGGCCUAGUCCUGCCGCUGGUGGCGCCACCUGCCGGACAGCAGCUGCUCGAGGACUGAGGACCGAGCGGCAAGGAUACAAAUAUGAAAAGGAUAUGAAAAGAAAUGCGUUAUACAGCCUCUGCAGAUGUCUGCAGAUACAAGAACUUUAUCAUGAUUUAAGCUAGCAUACAACCAAGGAUGUGAUCCUCGCCAAGGACUCACUUAAAAAGAACUCUAUCUAUACAUAAACACAUAUACACCCACACACACAGACACACACAUAUAUAUAUUAUAUAUGACAGAGCGGAAAACGCAGAGAAAGGGAAGGGAAAAUAUUUGAAAAAUAUUGUUAACUCAGUUAAGACUUUUUGCUUCGUAGAGAAAUCGAAACCGAAACUUAAACUGAAACUGAAACCGAAACCGAUUGCAUUUUGGAGCAAGGGGCAUACAAUUCUGAUUUUCGUGUUUAUAUACAACAUAUACAUACAAA